AUGAAAUUAGAAAAUAAAUUACAUGAAUUAGAUUGUAUUGCUUUAGAUGGAGGUUAUACAUUAUUUUUAAAUUCUAUUAUUAAUGAAUCAAAUACCUUAACAUGGAAAAAUUUUAUUGUUCCAAUUAGAAAAGAAAAAAAUAAAGAAUUAUCAGAUAUAGAAAAAAAUUAUAAUAAUAUUUUUGGUGGAUUUAGAUCUAAAAUAGAAACAAUAUUUGCAAAUUUA